AUGCUCGCACUGUGUCGCACGCUGAGAGAGCAGUACAGCCUGGCAGCGGUGACCAACGACAUCUUCACACAAGAGGACGGCGAGUUCCUCAUCAAGCACGCCGCCCUCUUGCCGCCCGGCCGCAUCCGCGCGGUGGAGACGGGCGGUUGUCCGCACGCCGCCAUCCGGGAGGACAUCAGCAUCAACCUGGGGCCGCUGGAGGAGCUUUCCACUGAGUUUAAGGCGGAUAUGUUGCUGUGCGAGUCAGGAGGGGACAACCUAGCGGCCAACUUCAGCCGAGAGCUAGCAGACUUCAUCAUCUAUAUCAUUGACGUGUCGGGCGGCGACAAAAUCCCCAGGAAGGGCGGGCCGGGGAUCACCCAGGCAUACUUGCUGGUGGUGAACAAGACUGACCUGGCGCCGACGAUUAGUGCUGACCUGUCAGUCAUGGAAGCGGACGCGCUGCGCAUGCGGGACGGUGGCCCCUUGGUGUUCGCACAGGUGAAGCAUGGGGUGGGGGUACCAGCCAUAGUGGACCAUGUGCUCACAGCAUGGAGUGCCGCCACAGGCCAGCCCAGGAAGCCCCUCCUUCGCUCCUCCUUCCCCGCUCCCUUUCCUUCCCCCUUCCCUUCCCCCUUUCCGCCCCAUUCAGCCCGACGCACAGCAGCAAUUACGGCAGCAGCAGCAGUGGGCACUCACAGACAGGCCCCUCCUCUCUUCCCUCCCCACUGCUCUCCCCAACCUCCACUGCAGCCCGACGCACAGCAGCGCUUUGUGCGCAUCAAGCAGGCCUACCAGACGCUCACAGACCCCUCCUCCUCUCCUCCUUCCCCGCUCCCUUCUCGCCCCCCUUCCUCCGACGCACAGGAACGCUUUGUGCGCAUCAAGCAGGCGUAUCAAACCCUGACAGACCCCGAUGCUGCUGCCAACGCCAAGGCGCGAGACGCCUCGCAGCGGCAGCAGCAGCAGUGGGCGCGGAGGAACACCAGCAGCAGCAGCAGGGCGAGGGGAGGGUAUGGGGCGCAGUGGGAUGCGGAUUUCAGUGGUCCGUUUGAUCCGUUUGAUGCGUGGAAGGGGCCCUCUAACAAGCCAGAUGACUUCUACAGCCUCGAUGAUUUCUUCAAGGAUCUACAGAAGGAUUUUGAGGAGAAGCAGAAGGAGCGGGGCAGCGGGAAGCCCAAGAGCCUGUGGGAGGAGCUGGCGGACCUUGGAGAGGAUUUAGUGGAUUUCCUGGAGAAGAACAGCACUUUUGAGUUGACUCAGUCGAGCCCGGCAUAG